CCAUGGUGUAGUUGUUCAGUUCUGUGCACUUCAGUGUUCUGUUCGGUUGUUUCAGUGUGUUGUGUUCAAGUUUGAUGGUGUGUUAAAAUAUAAGAAAUACUUGACUGUGAUAUCAAUGUUGUGACACUCUCAGCACUUCGUGAAGCGCAUCCAUACAGAAUGGAGGAGACAGAGGAAGAAGAACUGUCGAAAACAAACUAUAGUGAACAAGUUCAACAGACACAACAGAGCUUUCAAACAGGUCAAGUGAGAACUACGCGAGUGGUAAGAACUACGGUGAGGACAUCGAGCUCUACAUCCAACGUGCGGGAAGUGCUAGCCUCCAACCUGUCCAAGAGGUUCACUUCCAGUCUUGAUGAGGGAAGCCCUGUAAGCACUAAAGGUAUCGCUUUCGAGCCGAGAUCCAUGUCGGCCUCAUCCAUUAAUAGAAGUCCUCAGAUGUCCCCGGACCGUAAAGAUGAGGUCACUAUUCAAGAACUGGGAAAAGGUGGUGCAGACAAGAAGGUUUAUAGAACAACUGCAAUGUUGGACUUCGGAAAACCACUGCAGCGUCAGUCAUCGUCCCUUACUACUGACUCAAUCAAAGAGGAAGGCCAAGAUAACGUCAUAGUUACAGAACCUGACGAUACCAAGGACGGAUCUAUGGAUCGAAGUGAAGAAUCCAAUCCUAAUUCAGAUGACUUGACUAAAUCUAGCCAGGAAGACAUCCCAAAAGGAUUUUUAGUUGCUGAGGAGCGAAACGUGUCACACAGUGCUUUCCAAGCCUUAAGCAGAAGUCAUGGUAGUUUGGACGAGACUAAGCUAAACAUGAUGGAGCAAAAAUCUAUGGAAAAUUUGACGGUUUCUGGAAAGAAGCAAGUACUGAAGGGAGGUAUUUUGGAAGAAGAGUCCGCUGAAGUAUCUGGCACAAAGGGUUUAUUGUUGCGAUCGUCAACCGGACAAGAGAACAGACAACAGUGGCUCACGGCUGACACGGGAGCGGCCAACGUUAACAGUAGAUCGAUGGAAAGUCUUCGAGAGCACAGAGCGAGUUUCAUAACCAGUUCCGAAAAAGACGUCCGCCGUGUUGUUUCUAGUUCUGUUGAGGCCAGGUCUCUUGAAAGUCUUGAGAAAGAAAUAAGACUGAUGGGUAACCGAUACAGAAGAGCAGUAUCUGGCGAAGAGGUUAGUGGUGAGAUCACAGCACCUGCUGAAAAGAAAAGAGGAUUGUUCGCGUCCGGUAGAGCGGCUGUGCCAUCUCAUCUAUCUCUUAUGCCACCUCAGUUCGUGGACCGUCGGCUAACUAUACUCUCCCCUCACAGUCCAAUGAUGCAGCAGCUCCCUACUCCAGGCACAUCGUACAGCACUUCAGAGAUGUGGCAGUUCUCCACACAAACCCUGAAGACCAGGCGGAAGAAGGCGGUAGUUCUCCCCAAGCUUGUUUUACCUGGAGUUGAUGAUGCCUUUUCUGGUUUCGAUGUGGAGAAUGGCGCGUCGCCCGGCAGGUCGCCCCUGGACGGCGGGGCCUCGCCCUCAGCAGGACUCGUGCUGCAGAACCUGCCCCAGCGGCGCGAGUCCUUCCUCUAUCGUUCGGACUCAGACUUCGAGAUGUCGCCAAAGUCCAUGUCCAGGAAUUCCUCCAUCGCCAGCGAAAGAUUAAAGGAGGCGGAGCCAGUCAUAGAACGACCCCAUGGCGAGGAUCUCAUCGUCACGCCCUUCGCCCAGAUCCUGGCCAGUCUACGUUCAGUCCGUAACAAUUUCCUCAGCCUCACCAACGUGCCCCAGCAGAAAUCCCGCAGAUCCUCCGGCGCGGCGGGAGGUGUCACACCACAGACCCGAGUCCUGACGCCUGGGGAUGACGCUUACAUGAAACUGUCGGUCGAGACGAUGGAGGAGUUGGACUGGUGUCUAGACCAGCUGGAAACUAUCCAGACCCACCGCUCUGUCUCGGACAUGGCCUCCCUCAAGUUCAAGAGGAUGCUGAAUAAAGAGCUGAGCCACUUCUCUGAGUCUAGUAAAUCGGGCAAUCAAAUAUCAGAGUACAUCUGUUCCACCUUCCUUGACAAGCAGCAGGAGUUGGACCUACCCUCACUGAGGGUGGAGGAAGGCUCAGGGGUGGACGCUAUCGCGGCUGCUCGAGGGACCACGACCAAAAAGAAGGAUCGGGCUGGCAGAGUGACACCCAUGUCACACAUAUCCGGAGUCAAGAGGCCACUUACUCACACUAAUAGUUUUACGGGUGAAAAAGCACCCAAAUAUGGAGUAGAAACACCUUAUGAAGAAGAAUUAGGAAAGACCUUAGGUGAAAUAGAAAAAUGGGGAAUAGACAUCUUUAGGAUAGCAGAACUGUCAAAUAACCGACCUCUAACAGCGGUUGCAUACACAGCAUUUCAAAAUCGGGAGUUAUUAAAAACAUUUAUGAUUCCUGCAAGAACUUUCAUCCAAUUCAUGAUGACCCUAGAAGACCACUAUGUUAAGGACAAUCCGUUCCACAACAGCACACAUGCAGCUGACGUCACUCAGUCCACCAACGUUCUGCUCAACUCCCCCGCAUUAGAGUCUGUGUUCACUCCUUUAGAAAUUAUGGCAGCAUUAUUUGCAGCUACGGUUCACGACGUUGAUCACCCAGGAUUAACAAACCAGUUCCUUGUAAAUUCAAGUUCCGAAUUAGCAUUGAUGUACAAUGAUGAGUCGGUCCUUGAGAAUCACCAUUUAGCCGUUGCUUUUAAACUUUUACAAAAUGACGGAUGUGAUAUUUUUGUGAAUCUUAGCAAAAAACAAAGACAAACACUUAGAAAAAUGGUUAUAGACAUGGUAUUAUCAACUGACAUGUCAAAACACAUGAGUCUAUUGGCCGAUCUAAAGACCAUGGUGGAAACAAAGAAGGUGGCAGGAUCAGGAGUCCUUCUGCUCGAUAACUACACAGACAGGAUUCAGGUACUGGAGAACCUGGUGCACUGCGCGGACCUCAGCAAUCCCACAAAGCCACUUUGGCAGUACAAGAAAUGGGUAGCUUUACUCAUGGAGGAGUUCUUCCAGCAAGGAGACAAGGAGAGAGAAGCUAAUAUGGAUAUCAGCCCCAUGUGUGAUCGACACAAUGCCACUAUUGAGAAAUCUCAGGUUGGAUUUAUCGACUACAUCGUUCACCCUCUCUGGGAGACAUGGGCAGACCUGGUGCACCCAGAUGCCCAGGAUAUUCUGGACAUGCUGGAAGAAAACAGAGACUGGUACCAAAGUAUGAUUCCACCCAGUCCACCACCAUCUGAGUCGCAGGAGGCUGAGGCCAGCCAAGAAGGUGGUGAGGGGGAUGCGGGGGGAGGGCAGAUACGUUUCCAAGUGACAUUAGAGGAAGGGGAAGGUGAGGAGACGGAGUCAGCAGGAGGGAUGUGACGGAAACUGGUGGGACUCUGUAAGAAACUCACCGAGAAGAUGACGCUGUGGUGGUCGAGCGGCGCGGACUUGCACAGUUGAAGUUCAUCAGGGUACAUGUACACGCGAGGAGCAGCCUAAGAUAGCUUACUGUAGUGCUCAGCUGCCAAGUCAUGUUCUUUGUUGCCAGCUUCGUUACCAUCUUAUUGUUUGUAGAUUUACGUUUUCAACGGCAAUAUAACUUUGCAAAGAAACUGCAACUGGAAAUUUUUGCGUAUUUGGUUUUGCAGAAAGUAAUUUCUUAGUCGCUUGUGAAUUAUAUAGAUUUUUUAUUACUGUAAAGAUUUAUUACAUUCUGUUAACUAUAUCAAAGUGGAAUUAAAAUGACUUGAAAACUAAUCUGAUAAUUUUUGUAAUUUCAUUAAAAUAAUUAAUUGCCAUAAUUUGGUGUUAUACAUAUUUUUUAAUUUAUGUUCUGAAGGAGUAAUCGGAAUUGAUGGUUUCUUACUUAGUUUUCUUACACCAAUAAAUGAUGAGUCUACGUUAAUUACAUCUUCAGAAUGCUAAUUGCAUUACAUAAACACAUUUUAAGUGUUGGCAGUAUAAUUAUUAUCUUUGUGUGGAUUGAGUUUACUCUAAAACAUAACUUGAUAUUAUUUCAUUUACGUUUUGAAUAACAUCAUAAAUAUUUAUAAACUAAUCACAUUUAAAAACUUUAUGACUUAAAAGAGCUUCAGAUUUUUUUAAAAUUGUAAAAUAAUAGCAAUUGUGAAUAUUAUGUGGUAUUAAACAAGAAACUAUAAGUACUCAUUUCAGGAUACUUCAUAAAUUUGUUAUCUACCAAAAUGUUUUAUGGACACAGAUUUUCUUAGAAGCGUUGCAGAAGAGUUUGCAGUUUCUGUCCCUUAAUAGAAUAUAGUUUUUGAUUGGGACACUUGAUAUGCUUCUGUAAACCUGGUACGUAUUAAUGAGUUAUAACUAACUCAAUAGUAUUCGUUCUCUCAGAUCGUUGGGUUUGUAAGAGUUGUUUUAUCUUUUAAAAACUAAUCAGGCCAAACAGAAAAACAAAACUGUGAGUGUGACUUACAAUAAAAUUUUGAGUAAAAUUAAACAUAACAUAUAAAAUAUUUAAAAGUAAAAUAUAUUGCUUUGUUUGGUAAAUUUGAAAAUAUUUCCCUGAAAUCUAACUUUUUAAAAACUUAUUUAAUGUUUUGAGUAGUGGAAUGUGAACAUUGUUCUUACCACUUGGUUUUAGUAUCCCUUCCUUUCUCAAAUUAUAAUAUUUUGACCAUUUAUACAUUUUCCUCUAUGGAUACAUAACAAUACCUGAGUUGAUUUUGAUGGACUUCAAAAUGAAAUUGGUUUUGAGAGUGGAACAAAUCAAACACUUGAAACAGGGUUUCAAAAAUUAAUUUUACAAAAUAAUAUAUAUUUUUUAUUAUAUUAUACUAAAACAAAUUUCCCGUUAUUCCAUCAAAAAAUGUAAUAGAUUUAUUCUCUGAAGGGAUAAGGGUUAAGGGAUAUGGAGAAUCUAAAGAUAUGUUAUGUAAUAAAAUUAAUCAUCACACGUACUUCAGUUAUUGAAAAGUCUUGAUGAGGAAAAACCAAUUACACCAAUCAAAAAACCUGAUUACUAAGAAUCUUAUCUAAGUAACUAUUUUAAAGUAUUAAAAUAUUUUCAGUAUUGGUAUGAAUAAUUACACUAUAAAUAUGAUAGAAUAAUUGUAAAAGGUGAUUUUAGAUUUUGUUGGUCUUUUUUUAUCAAGUCAAAUUUAAGGUGUACACAAUAAUGAAUACUAAUAGGGUUUCAAUGCACUCCUCUCUUUAACUAAAGAACAAAACUGCUUUGAGAUAUAGAAUAAUUGAGAAUAUGGUUUACCAGCAUCAUAAAUUGUUUAUAAUGAAAACCUCAAAUGGUAACUCAAUAGAUCAUUCAAGACUUUAAUUUUGGGUUGUUUCUAUUUUGGGAGAGGUGGCCGGUGGGAUCAUUUGAAAUCCAUCAAAACUUCAGGGUUUAAUACCACUCACUCUUAAGAUGAGGUAGAGAGAAAAAAAUUUACAAAACACACUGUUUUGCUUACAAAAAUAUUUUUUUUCUUUGCGGACAUCUAUUUAGUGUGAUCAAGAUACAAUGUGAUACAAAUAUUCGUUAAAAGUUUUCACAUUUGAAGUAUUAAGCAGUGGUAUUUAUAUAGUAAUGUAAUAAUUUUGGAAUCAAACAUAUAUAUUUAAACUAACAUCAAGUUUCAAACUAUUUUGGUACAUUGAUUAAGAAGCGUUUAAUGUUUAAAUCAAAUAAGUUUUAUAACAAAUAGUUUAAAUUUUUGUGAAAACUAACUGUUGUGAGGGUGUAGCAUCUUCAGUAAGAGUAAGAAGAUUAAUUCGCUAGCUGAUUUAUAGUUAUUUUUAUCAGUGCCUAGAUAGAAGAAAACCAAACACCUUUUUUAACACCAAUAUUUUUGUUGAUAUAAUUAAGCGGCAAUUUGAUACUUGCGUUUAAAAAAAACUUGUUGUCGGAGUAGUCCAUCCAGUUUUUAGAGUUAGAUGCACUUAUAUUUUGUGAUUUAUUUAAAAAAAUAUUUUAAAAGCCACUACAUUUCACACUUCAUCAAACUGUGUGUACACUUAUAUACAGGAACUGGCACAACAUACACUUUCGCCCAAGCUACCCAGUAAGACUACAGUAACCUAUCUCGUGCUAAUCGGUCGUUGGAUAAUCUUCUAAGAUGUUAUGUUUUUUCAGUUUGGAGGGUUGAAUAAUAAUUAGUUAAAGUCAAUUUUUAACAUCUUCACAGACUGUACCUGCUACCAAACCAGUAGUAAGUUAUAUUUUUAAUAACCAUAAAUUAAGCAAUGUAAAAUAAAUUGACAUUUAUGUAUUUAUAUCGAUAAUUUUAAAGGAAAGUACAUGAUUUACGUUGUAUUAUUUUACAAAACAUGUACAUAUGUAUGUAUAAACAGUAGCUCAUCUUGUCUGCAAGUUCACGUCAAUGGUGCUGAUUUAAAUCCAAAGACGGUUUACGUUUUUGAGUUGAACUUCAAAAUUUUAUAUCUGAAAUAAUUAAUUUAGAUUACAUUCAAGUGGGGACAGAAUUUAUAAGUUUCAACGGAAGGCAGUAAACAUGCCUGUAUCGCUAUCGGUCUUGACGAAAUCUACAAGCUUGGUCAACAAAAACAUGAUCGUGUGCUUGAGUUAUUAUAGCUUGCUUUUAUUUUUUAAUAUCGACAGAAGUCUUAUUAUGUAAGGCCUUCCAUCGUUUUUAUGAUUUAUUUUUCAUUAAAAGUGGAUAAGUCAUUUGUAGCAAUAUAUAAAUACAUUUAGCUUAAGAAUGUAAAAACGGAGAAAAGAAAAAUCUGACCUUUUCAUGCUACAGUUAAAAUAAUAGUGUAUGUCUGUGGUUGUUAUACUGUAUAGAAUAUAAUGUGAUUUAGUUGCACCUAAAAGUGUAUGUAACACUUUGCAAUGAAAUGAUAGCUGGUUCUGUCAUAAUAGUUUAAGUGCAUACAAGUUUACAUACAGUAAGUUUCCUAAUUAAAACGUUUCGAUAGGGUUAAGUUAAAGUUAGGUUUGUAAAUUUAUAAAAGUACUGUAGGGUUAAGAAUGUUUCGAAACUAUCUGUUUAGUGCUAAUGUUUUAUUUAAACACUUAAAAUUUCUUGCAUCAGAAUUGUGUAUUGAAUUUGAGAAAAGAUUGUGCAGAAGUAUUCGUAUGAAGCUUAAUUGAUUUUACAUUAAGUUAAUCAUUGUGUGAGUUACUCUUAGAUCUCGUGUUCUGAUGUUGUGUGUAGAAUUCAUUUGGGUUGUCCAGCCGAGAUGAUACUUGAAUUAGUAAGUAUUUUCCUAAAUGUAUACUAGAGCUUUGUAGCAUGAAAAAGUUCGGUUUUGAAGUUGGGACUGAAAUAUCUAGUUCGUUAUUAUUAUUUGAUGGAUUUAGACAGGACGCUGGCCGUACUGAUGUUUAUUCAUUAUAUAAAUAUAUAUAAAAUGUUUUAAAUAAAAAUAAAUAUUUAAUUUUCAUAAUGUUUUGUUUAGUUGUAGAAUAUAUUCUAUUUACAGUAAGUAUUGUGAGAGGAAGAUGAAGCAUGUUCAAUUAAACUGUGGUGUUUUGGAAAUAAAUUUUAUAUCUAGCUUGGAAUGUAUGCAGUUUUAACUCUUUGAUAUACUGAAUUUCCAAAUUUUCCAUGACUCUCAAGAAUAGUUUAAAAUGGCUUAAAUGCUUUUCUUAACAAAGACCUUGUAUUCGAACAAUUAUUGUACCUCCUACUUCAUCUAUGAUUGGUUUGUUUAUUGCAUAUCAUUGUAGGAGCUGUAUCUUUUACAAAUUUAAAUAACUAUAUUAGUACUUGAUUUGACUUUGUUUCUUAGUUUAAAUUUAUAAUCUACUUGCUAAAUUGGAUUUUCAAAAUCCAGUAUUUGAUCAAGUAUUAUUUUCAAAAUCAAUUUUGUAUCACAUAUUGUGUCUGAAGCUUUAAUUUGUUAGUAUUCAUUUCAAGCUAGAAAAAAUACGUUUUCAAAAUGAAAUUACAAAAAUAGUUUAUUCCAUGUGUACUGGUGGCAUUGGAAUCCGACUUGCUUUUUGCUUUUAGUUUUGUUGUAAAUGUUUAGUAAUUAAUAUAAGUACAAAUUUCUGACUAUUUUGUUAGUGUUAUGUUUGCUACAAAUGUAUUGAUUUGUUAUCUAACAUUUUUGUUGAUAGUUAUUUAUUAGAAACUCAAUGGCUUUGUCUACUACAGUGGAUGUGUUAUUAGUUAUGUGCUUUUAUAAUCAUAUUUGUUGUUAUUUUGUGAUUGUGAGAGCACACAUACAAAUGAAGAGUCCAUUUUUUAUUUUAAAACAAAUGCAGAGUUUGGAAUUUCAAUCUCUUUUCACUAAAAAUCUAAUAUUACACUAUACAGACUGGUUUUUUUCAUUAACAACUCAAAAGUUCUUACAACAAAAACGUUAGUUUCAGUACCUAAUCACUUAUAUGUGUGAACUAAUCCAAAAGAUAAAUUUACCUCCAGUGUUUCCUGCUAACAGCACAAUAAGAUCAUUUGAAGGAAUCAGUAAUGAUGAUAGUUACAAAAUGUUUAAUGGUGUGCAAAUACCCUGAAUUAACCUAAUAUUACUUUUUUAGUUCAAUUUGUCAUCACUUUCUUAAUACGAGCAGUUCAAUACGGUAUUCUAUUUUUUUGGAGUUUGAAGAUUGCAGAGUGAUGAUUGGUAUUUUCUAACCUCUAAUAUGACUGAACAUGGAAGCAAGAAUAUCCAAAUUAGCUGAAGUAUUGUAAACUGAACCAAGUUAACAAAAUUGUCUAAUGAACACUAAAAAUUAUAACCAUUUUCCCCAGCAAUUUCUUCAGUUGAAGGAAAAUAUUAUAUUCUCAGAAUGGUAAAUCUGGAAAAAAGGAGAAUGAUACAAUGCCAAGUUAAAUUUAAAUCAUAAUAGGAGACAUACAUGUUGUAACAAGUUUAAUCCAGAAAUUCAACAUCAUGUAUCAACAAUGCAGAAGAACCAUGGUUCCAUUUAUUUAUAAUUAUUUUCAGCCCUUGGUCACCCACCAUUUACUCAGUUGACAACAUUCAAAUAUUAAACUUGGUGUUUACCAGUUGUCUUAUACAUAGUUGUGAGAAAUGCCUAAUGUAAAUCAGCAAAAGUUGGCAAAAUUUUGAUCAACGUAACAAUUUUUUCAAUACUUUUUUUAGUAUAUUUUGGAGACUCCAUAUGGGACCUCAAAGGUCAACUCAUAACCACCCCCCUAGACCAUAUAACAUACUUCUGCCAAGCAUAAGGUGUCCCUUCAUCUUAAAUACAUUUCAUCUAGUUCUUCUAGUGGAAGUAAAACAGUCCAAGAAGGAAUGUCCAGAAAAAGGAUGACCUGACUGUAAAGAAAAUAGAGAAAAUUUAGAUCUCCCAACUGGAAACUUUUCAACAUAGAAAAGUUCCAAAGAUGCAUAAAUUACUUUUGUAAUAAAAAUGUCCUGUAUUUCAUUGUUUACUUAGGAAAUGAACAUUCACUAGGCUCUUUUUAGAUCAUUCUCUCUCUGUUUCUUCUUUUUAAGAAAUUGUCCUGAAAUGAAAUCAAUAAAGAUUUGUGAUCCCCUUAAUUUGCAAAAAAAAUAAAAGUAAAAUAUCAAUUUUAUUAAGCUUAAUAAAUUAUCAAAUGGUUGAAUCCAUGGUUCUAUGUGACCCAUGGUUCUGGUUCUAUACCCAGUUUGAAACAAUAUUUUUACUUUUUUGUUCUUAAAGGUCACACCAUAAGUAAUGGGAAGUCAGCUAUUUUUGUCUUGAGAUAGUUCAUUUGUCAAUGCAGAGAUUACUACACUACCAAGAGACUACUUCGUUACAAUAUCGUUAGCCAAUAAUAGUUUGCUAACUGAGCUAUAAGUGAAGGUUACGCAAGAGAAAAAGGAAUUUGUAUUAAGAGAGUACUUUAAUGAUAUCCAGCAAGAUACAAAUUGAACACUAGCUUUAUCCUAUGGAGACUGAGUUACUAACAGAACUGUUUUAGUGAACAUAAUAUGAAGAUCAUUUGAAGAACGAGCGAGUGAGAUAGAAGAUAUCAACUCUAGAUGUCUAAGAUAAAGACAAAGAUGAUUACUAUUGUCUCUAUGAUGGGUCGAUUAAAAGAAUCAACUUUGGAGCUAACUAAAAUGAGGGAGGGUGGAAGAACAUGCGUUGUAGUAUACCCUUUGGUUGGGAAAUGGGAAAUCAAGAGUUUGUCCUAAUAAGUUGUUAACAUUCUGAAAUAAGACCUGUCAUCUUUGUUUCCCUUCAGAUAUAUUUUUUUCACUCACAUUCAAGAAUAAUUUGUGUUGAAUCAUUUAAUAAUCAUAUCUAUAAAGCAUAUUUAUACCUGUGCAGGCAAAGAUUUUAAAUGUGAUAGAGAGAAAGAAAUACCUAUGACCAUACUGCUAAACAUUAUAAUACAGAUAAUGAUAAAAGUCAGUAAGAUAUUUCAGACAUUUGUUAUAUUACAUUUUACUCAAAAAGUAAUUUAAAAAAAGUAAUUCCCAUUAGAUCAUCACACAGCUUGAUUCAGUUAAUCAUUAUUUUCAAUGUUGGGGGAAAUAUUUGUGACCGUCUUGUGUAAAAUCAAUAGUCCAAUUUUGGAUAAUUGAGACCAUGAACCACCAGCUGGUAAAUUUCACUCCAGCAACUAUUCCAGCAAUGUUCCCUUCUCCCUGUAGCUUGUCUUCUUUAUAUGUAAAAAGUGUUCUCUCAGAUAUGUAGUAUUGUGAAGCUACCAGUAUUGGCAAGCUGACAAACAGAAUGGUGAGGGCCACUUUUUCUGGUUCUUCCAAGUCUACUUAAAAAGAACUCAUUCGGCCGUGAAGGAUUAAUGUCACACUGUUACAUGUGUUAUUGGUUUAUAUGCUCUCAGAGAUUGAAAUAGUAAUAGACCCUUGGUUGUAUGGUUUGAAAUAUAAUUAAAGAGUGUGGAAUUUGGUAAUUUUACAUUAAAAGAUAUUUAGCUCCUAUUCUUUUAUUAUUAUCAUUUCAUUAUAAAAGAAUUUUAUUUCCAUAUUGUACACAAAACACCAUAUCUAAGACAGGGAUUGAACAUGGUAACUUAUUUAAUAUUUACUAAAAUUAAUUCGAAUAUUGUAACAACAGCAGUAUUUUUAAGUUCUUAGUCUAGAAUAUUAAUUUAUUUUUUACACAUUUUUAAUUUGAGGAAGUGUUUGAGUAUUAGUGUGCUAACAUCAUACUAUUCAAACUGUACACAACUACGUGAAAUUACGAGUUUAUAUUAACUAGCGAAUGUUAUACAACUAGAUUUAACACAUUCAUUGUUUAGUUCUUGUUCGUUUUAAGAAUAACUUUAAAUUUAAAAGAUUACGAAACACUGGAUUUUGUUCAGAUAUUGAUAAUAAUAUUAUAGAUAGACAUAUCACAGACAGUGUAGACUGAGAGGGGAUCUCAUCGGAAUAUUAUUUCACACCUGACAGUUUAAAAAGAAACGUUUUAGAUUCCAAACGUAACCCUUGAGCUUUAGGUGGAAAAACUUGGUGUUUAAUUUGUUUAAUAAUAGUAUGUAAUACUACAAAACAUCUCUUUUCCUCGUAAUUAACAUUGUAAGUCUUAUUCUAAUAUUUGUGGAGACUUCCAAUAUGAUAUAUCAAUAAACUUCACUCCUGUGCCUAUAACUGUCUUUGAGUUCUCGAAUUUUUCUACAUUAAAAAGUUUGAUUACUUUUUACUACAAUACACAUUCGAUGUUUCAUUUAAUAAUAAUGGUAAUCUUUUAUAAUAUCUAGUAUAUUUUAUAACAAUACUAUCAUAUAACUAUGUGGUAAAAAGAUAACAGUUCGAUAAAUUGAUAGAUAUUAUUUGACUAUUUUUCAUUGUGAAUACUUUUAUAUUUUUAAAAAAUUGCUUCCAGAAAUAAGGAAAUUGUAUCGUAAUUAAUGGAAUAUAUCAUAUUUAUUGUUCUAUCAAAGUAAUCACUUCACAAUUAUUAAUCAUGGCGACAGACACUAAAUGUAACGCCAAUUCAAUUUUGAACAAAUUAAUGUGCUAGUUUUUUUCAAAAUUAGUUCUUUAUAAUUUUGACCUACUAGUCUUGUUCAUUUCAUAAUGGGCGAUGUAACAGCGGGAUAUUGUUAUUUUCAAUUAAAUAUGAGUAACUGAAUUGUUGUGAGUAAUCAGGGUAAAUAAAUAUAAAAUAUAGAUGAUAAUAAACAUUUAUUAUCAGAACAAAAAUAUUUUGUGGCUUUUAUACACUUUUGUUACGAAAAAUGUAGUCAGCCACAAUUUAAAAAUGUGUAACCCAUAGAAAAUUAUUUGAAACUUGUACUUAAAUUUUGAGAAAAUCAUCAUGGAAAGAGAGAAUUUUAAUUCUAUACACGUUUUGAGUAUUUCGUUUAUCUCUACUUUUGCGAUUAGAUCUGAAUUUUGCUGAAGUCAACUGGCAUGGUAGGAUACUACUGUGCUCCUAUGAACCUGUAUGUAUGAUAAAUACAGUGAGUAAGAUUAGCUAAUGUCUUACUCUAGAAAUAAUCAAAAUGGCCUACUAAAGAGAAAAUGUGUUUUUUUUAAACAUAGUUUAAAAUGUUGAAAGCGUGUUGUAUUUUGAAGUUUAAUUUUGCUGUUAUGUAUUGCUGCUUUUUAACAUUGUAGGAGGUUUUAAAACAAAAGCUACAAAAUGUGAAAUUGGUGUGUAGGAACUAAUAUUGGUUAUGUGUAUAUAUGAUACCAAACCUUAUGUCAAUAAACUGUGUGCAUUGAGCCCCCUCCUGUUCUAACCCCUCCCGAAACAAAUAUAUCAUUUGAGAAUCAUGUAAAAUACAAAAUAAAACUAUAAAUUAUG